AUGGGCAGUGGCAGCAUCAUCAACGAUGCAACAACGGGUCGUGAGCAAGAAGAAGAAAAAGAGCCGGGGCUGGGCGUCUAUGUGCACUGGCCCUACUGCUCGCGGAUCUGUCCCUACUGCGACUUCAACCGCUAUCUGGCCGAGAAGGGCGGGAGCGGCAUCGACCACCGACGCAUGACUCAGAGCUACAAGACCGAGCUGGCCGCCUUUCGCCGGUUCCUCGACAGCGAUGGCGACCCCGCCGUCUUCGCCACCACCAGCACCCAAACACCCGAACCGACCACGACCACGACCACGACCACGACGACAACGACCAAGUUGCGACCUCCAGCACGUCGAAGGAGGGUCCGCAGCGUCUUCUUUGGUGGAGGCACGCCGUCGUUGGCCAAGCCGGAGGUGAUGGAAGAGGUGCUGGCGUUCAUUGAUGCCCAAUGGGGCUUCGAGCCCGAUGCCGAGAUCACAAUGGAGGCCAACCCAACCUCGGUCGAAGUGGGGAAGCUGCGGGACUUUCGCAGGGCCGGUGUCAACCGCCUGAGCAUUGGCGUGCAGUCCCUCAACGCGGACGAUCUCAAGUUCCUGGGCCGCGCUCACUCGCCCGAGGAAGCGCUACGAGCAAUCGAGCUAGGGAAAGAAAUAUUCCCUCGCGUGUCGUUCGAUCUCAUCUAUGCGCGACACCGCAACCAGACCGUCGAGGAGUGGCGUAAGGAGCUGCAGGCAGCUCUGGCGCUGGCCAGCGGACACAUUUCGCUGUACACGCUGACGCUCGAGCCCGGCACGGCCUUCUUCCGCCGCGCCUUCCAGCCGGCGUCGCCCAACGACGCCCUGCCAUAUCCGGACGACGAGCGGGUGGCGGACCUGUACGAGGCCACCGUGAGCACGGCCGCUCAGGCGGGCUACCACCAAUACGAGAUUUCCAACUACGCACAGCCGGGGCACGAGAGUCGGCACAAUUUGAUCUAUUGGCGAAGUGAGGACUGGAUAGGCAUUGGACCGGGCGCACACGGACGCUUGACCACCCAUCGGGAUGGCCACCAGCGCCAUGCCUUUGCGCAGGGGGUGUACCAGAUCAAGCUGCCCAGCAAGUGGAUGGACGCCGUGGAGAAUAAUGGCCACGGCGUGCAAGAGAUGAAACUCAUCAACCCGACCGAACGAAUGGAGGAAGCGCUGCUCAACGGACUUAGGGUGCGUGAGGGCAUCAGCCCUCUCCGUUUCCGCAUGCACGCGGGUCAGUCCAUUGAGGAGGCGUUGGACAUGGACAAGGUGGCGGAGCUCCAGGCCGAGGGCUUUCUCGUCUACGAGCCGCAGGCAGGACUACGACCCACCCCUCGCGGCAUGGCCCUACUCGACGCCCUCCUUCCUCUUCUGCCGCGGCGCCCGAGCACCACAUGA